UACAAUUGCCGACGCCAUUGGAAAAAAACCCGAUCGGUUCUCGCUGACAGUAACUGUUGCGGAAAAAAGCGCAGUGCGUUCGAAAAAAGGCUAUGGUAAUACUGGAAAGUUCCAAUCUGUCACUCUUGUGGAUGCCACCGGCAUCUUGCCCAUGUGGAUUAAUGAACAGUUCCUCGUCACGUAUGGAGAACAACUGAUCGUUGGAACCAGUUAUAAUUUGCGGUUUGAGAAAGGAACAAUUCAACCAGGAAAAUCGAGUGUGGACGGAAGUUGCUACUUCAUUCCAAGCGUGAAUCCUGGAUACGGAUUGGAAAUCAUCAAACUGGAAGACCAAGAUGGAUUACUGAAAGCGGGAACGCUGGCUGAGCAUGGCAAGGUUACUGUGAGCUUCCGUCAGCCAUCUGCGUACGUCAUUGCUACCUGCAGUGCUAGACCAGUGGAUCUGGGGACAGUUGAAACCGAAAGUCAGUGUGGGUUCUGUGACUGCAAGUUGUUGGAUGAACCUCAUACCGGAAACUCGUUUUGUUCUGGAUGUCAAAAAGAGCCAGAAGGCAAUGCCAAGACUUAUUACAAGCCAACGCAGGUUACUUUAGUAGAUCAAAGCGGUCAACUGGAUGUGGUAGCUGGAGAUUCCAUUCUGUCGAAAUUUUUCGGGAAAGCAACGGCAUUGCCAACGGCUGAUUAUGAUUGGACAUCAAAAACAACCAAUAUCUUGAAACGCCAGUGGACGAACACAGCGGAUGGACCAGUUAACCGCUGGCAUUGGAUUGAUAUGAAGAACGAGGUAACCAAAUCAAAGAGCGGUGGACCUGGAACCGGAAAACAGCAAGAAAAACAUGGGAAUGCGGAUCAGAAGAAUAACAGUGGUCGAGACAAUCGCAAGGGAGGCUGCAACAAUUGAGAAGAUACGGACCGAACUUACAUCAAGACGGAUUGGUCCAUUCUGCGGAUGUCGGAAUUACCCUCCAUAUUUUCGCAUUAUAACGUAUCCCAUGAAUGCUUGGUCUUAUUAUUGUCUGCAUGUGCUGGAAAUAAGAACUUGUUGGGACGCAUUUGACUCUCAGUAUCACUA